AUGCACUUUUCAACAAUCAUUUCUGCUUCUGCCUUUGCUGGUCUGGCGACUGCUUCUCCGUCGUUCUUUCGAAGAAAUCCUCCUGCUGAGGAGGCUGCUCCGGUGGCAUGCGAGCCUGUUACUGUUCAUGAGACCGUGCAUGAGACUGUGCAUGUGACGAUACCUGGGGAGGUAGUCCAUGAGACGGUUCACGAGACUGUUCAUGUGACUGAGGUUGUACACCAGACGGAGACAGUGCAUGCGACCGUGACGGAGGUCCAGCAUGUUCCUGUCGAGAAACCAGUCACAGUUAUCGAGACUUCAAUCGUCCACCAAGAAGUCGAGAAGCCCGUUACAGUCAUCGAGACGGUUCACCAAACGAUCGAGCAACCCGUUACCGUGGUAGAGACUUCUGUUGUUCACCAAACAGUUGAGCUGCCCGUCACAGUUAUCCACACCCAGCCCGUCGAAGUCGAGGUCGAAAAGCCAGUCACAGUUGUUGAAACUGUCCACCAAACGAUUGAACAACCAGUUACAGUUGUCGAGACAUCUGUUGUACACCAGACCAUCGAGCAGCCCGUUACAGUGAUCCAUACACAGCCAGUCGAGGUCGAGAAGCCUGUUACAGUGGUAGAAACAUCAAUUGUUCAUCAGACCAUUGAGCAGCCAGUUACAGUCGUUCACACUGUACCUGUCGAGGUUGAGAAGCCCGUGACAGUCGUUGAGACCUCUGUCGUUCACCAGACGAUUGAGCAGCCUGUCACCGUCAUCCAUACACAGCCCGUGGAGGUCGAGAAGCUCGUCACAGUCAUCCACACUCAGCCAGUUGAGGUGCCAGUUCAGGUACCAGUUACAGUCAUUCAUACUCAACCCGUUGAAGUACCCGUUGAGAAGCCAGUGACUGUCAUUCAUACAUCCGUGGUUGAGAACACAGUUGUCCAUACUUCAGUGGUCGAAGUCGAAAAGCCAGUCCAGGUUGAAGUACCCGUCACAGUGGUGCAUACUCAGGUCGUUGAGAAACCCGUUCAGCAGAUCCAUACCGUUGAGGUAGAGAAGCCUGUUGAGGUUGUCCAUACUGUCGAGGUCGAGAAGCCUGUUGAGGUUGUCCAUACUGUCGAGGUCGAGAAGCCAGUGCAUGUUACUGUCAUCCAGACAGUCACCGAGCACGUCGCUGCUCCACCUACCGCUCAUCCUGUCGAAGCUCCCCAAGAGCAUCCUGUUGUCGUCAUCGAACAGCCCGCUCAUGAGGCACCGGCCCAUGAAGCACCACCACACGAGACAGUUGUCGUGGAAGUACCUGAACACGCACCAGCCGAGGAAGUUGCAGCGCCUCACGAGACUGUCGUAGCUGAGCAACCCGCUGCGCCUCCAGCUCACGAAUCACCGGUUGUCGUCGAACAUCCCGCUGCACCAGCCCCAGCACCACCAGCUCAUGAGACGCCCGUUGUCGUUGAGCACCCAGCAGCGCCAGUCGCGACGAUGGGCCACGAAGCGCCCGCUGCCGAACAUCCUGCCGCACCAAUAGCAACAAUGGGCCACGAGGCUCCUGUGGCUGAGCAUCCCGCCGCACCUCAGCCCGCGGAACCUCAUGAAGGCGCUGGAGAGAUGCCCAUCGCUGAAGCCGAAGCCCUGCAGCAUCCUGAUAUCCCAGUUCUUUUACCCUCGGGCGGAGUCUCGGGUAAGAACGCCACAGUGGCACCUACAUAUCCGGGACGUCGUGCCAUUGUUCGCAGGUGGUAG